CCAAAUUCAGUUGUUCUGGAUCUUCUCGCGCGCGCGGUUUGGAAAUUUGACUCGAAAACGAAAGUGACUGCCUAGUGUUAAGUAGUUUGCUGGUGAUUGAUUGGUAGUGAUGCAGCAGUGAUCUCUGACUUCUUCCGCACAGGAUAUCUGGAGGAAGAUCAGAGUGCCCCGCAGUGCGCUCCCAGUAUUAACAACCCGACGCCUACACCAGGAAGUUCAGUGAAUUCAGAAACAAUGUGCUAAGAAGUGUCCACGCGGUUGUGCUGCAGUAGCAAUAUCUCACUUCAAAUUCAAAAAUGAAGUUCCGAAUCAGGCACACGGCCCUGUUGCCGUUGCUGUUGAUAGCUGUGAUACUGAUCGAUCAGGUGCGAACGGAAGACGAGCCAACGGUACAGGUGGUGAAGAAAGUGAAGAAGAAGACGAAAAAGGUUAGCAAGCUGAAGCCAAAGGCGGUGGCCAAAGCUCCAAGGGAGAGACCCCAAGCUGAUGCACCGCCAGCUUACCCGGAGUAUGAUAACUACGACAGUUACGACUAUGCGGAAGGCGAGCGGGACUACGAUGCCGACAAUGCCAACCGCGGAACAGAAUCCACAUUUCGCCAGCCAGAUGAUGAAAUUCCCCGCGGAGAGCUACCAUCGCCGCACAUCACCGUCAGCGUGAGCCCACUGGAGCCGGAAUCAAUCGUGCAACCCUUCACCUGCUACUACGGAGACAAAUGGUACCGUGAGAAAGAACAAUUCCAGUCAGGCUAUAAAGGAUGUGCUACAUGUCAGUGUCGCAACAGCGUAGUGGUUUGCGAUGAAGCCGACUGUCCCUUGAUCAAAGCCGAUGUCAAUGUGGAAAUCAUUCCACCUAGUACCACAACGACAACGACCACCACAAGUACCACAACCACCACCGAGGCGCCGGAAUUUGAUGCAGCCCAAAUUACACCCCGGUUGCCAUUGGGCCCAUCCGGGCAUCCUGGGCUUCCGGGAGAAGCAGGACUUCCUGGUACUCCCGGUACACCAGGAGUGCCGGGACAACCAGGUCUCCCUGGACCACCACCAGAUUUAUCGUUUUACACCCAGCAGCUUCAAGAGUCAAUGGCCGGCUCAGACAAGGGACCAUCCCCAGACAACUUCCAAUUCAUGCAGGCGCAAGUAGGACCAGUAGGUCCUAGAGGUCCCCCUGGUCCAUCAGGAGUUUCUGGACCUCAAGGUUUCCAAGGCUCACGUGGUGAACCCGGAGAGCCUGGUCCACAAGGCGUUUCGGGUCCACCUGGUCCUCGAGGUCUACCGGGUCCUCCUGGAAAAGACGGAGCAUCUGGAGAUGACGGCGAACAAGGCCCACAGGGAACAGUAGGAGCACCAGGUCCACGUGGAUUGCCUGGAUUACCUGGAAUGCCCGGCAUCAAAGGACAUCAAGGAUUGACUGGUCAAGAUGGUCCGAAAGGAGAACAAGGAGCACCCGGAGAGAAGGGCUCAGUGGGAUCGAUUGGUCCAAUCGGAGCCCCAGGACCGAUUGGUCCAGCUGGACCGCGCGGUGAAAGAGGUCGUGAAGGAUCACCAGGACCGGUAGGAUUGCGGGGUAUUGAUGGAAUCGCUGGGCCUCCAGGUCAACCAGGUCCUGUUGGUAAAUCAGGUCCUCCAGGCUUUCCUGGCACGCCUGGAAACAAAGGAGAUAUGGGGGCGCAGGGACCAAAAGGCAGUCAAGGUCCUCAAGGACCGCGUGGAGAAUCUGGAAGACCAGGACAACCUGGAGAGCCAGGCUUGAAUGGUCCUCCCGGUAAAGAUGGUGCUUCUGGUGAAAAAGGUUCAGUUGGCGCCCCUGGUAUGGCUGGUCCACCUGGUUUCCCUGGACCACGAGGAUCUCCUGGUUCAAACGGAAGUCCCGGGCAGCCUGGUAUCAAAGGAGAACCUGGUCUUCCUGGAGAACGAGGUUAUAAGGGAGAUUCAGGAAUUAAGGGAGAAGAUGGCAUGCCGGGACCACGAGGACUUCCUGGUGCUGUUGGACCUGAAGGAAAGCGUGGAAAGCGAGGCAUGAAAGGACCAACCGGUCUAACAGGCCCACAAGGAGAACGAGGCCUACCUGGUGUUCCUGGAUUACCCGGUCCAGACGGAGCUCAAGGAAUAAAAGGACAGAGUGGAGAUCGAGGAGCUCCUGGUCCACAGGGUAACAAAGGUUCAACGGGUGAUCCAGGCGCUCCAGGUCAACCAGGUAUUCAAGGUUUAAGAGGGAUGGCUGGUAAACCGGGUGCACAGGGAAAAUCAGGUGCCCCUGGAGAAAGAGGCCCUGCUGGAGCAGAUGGAAAGACUGGAGAACCUGGAUCUCAAGGACUGCAAGGUCUUCCGGGACCAAUUGGUCUACCGGGAGAUAAAGGCUUCCCGGGUGAACCUGGAAAGGACGGAGAUGUAGGACUUCCAGGAGCACAAGGUCCCCGAGGUGAUGCUGGAAAGGAUGGCCCACCCGGAGUUGCAGGACCACCUGGGCCUCCAGGAAAUGACGGAGAUCGUGGACCACCAGGACCUGCCGGACCACGUGGAUUCCAGGGUCUACCAGGAACACCGGGCAACCCCGGAGCACCAGGAAAGGAUGGUCAAAAUGGACAACCUGGUCCUGUUGGACCAGCUGGUCAGGCUGGUAUCAGAGGUGAACGAGGUUUUCCAGGAGAAAGAGGACCAAUAGGAACACCAGGAACACCCGGUUUACGAGGAGAGCCAGGAUCUCAAGGAAAUGAUGGACCACCGGGUUCACCAGGUCCUGCUGGUAUGAAAGGUCAUCAGGGAGCCCCAGGUAUGAUUGGUAUGCCAGGAUUGAGAGGUUUACCAGGACCAGCGGGUGAAAAGGGAGAACGUGGUUCAGUCGGCCCAGUUGGUCCUGAAGGUCCGGCUGGUAGACAAGGUGAACGAGGUCUUCAAGGUCCCAUGGGUCAAACAGGACCACCAGGAGAGCCAGCGGAAAAGGGAGAGCCAGGAACGCCUGGUGUUCCUGGGGAAUCGGGAACGCCUGGAGGAGUUGGCGAACGUGGGCCUGUGGGUCCUCAAGGUUUACAAGGGUUCCCUGGACCACAAGGAACCAGUGGUUUGCCUGGACCAAAAGGCGAUCGCGGAUCAAUGGGUCUAAAAGGAGAACAAGGAAACAGUGGAAAUCCUGGUACGCCUGGUGAACAAGGACCGCAAGGCCUAGUUGGUUUGACAGGUAGCAAGGGUGCGCGUGGUGAACCCGGUCUACGAGGAGAAGCAGGAUCUAUGGGUCCUCCUGGAAGACCCGGUGAUCAAGGUGGAGCGGGUCAACCAGGAAACCCCGGUCCGCCCGGUAGCGCAGGAACUCCAGGCUUAAAAGGAAAUCCAGGGGACACUGGAAGACCAGGAAAUCCAGGACCGGCCGGAUUACCCGGCCAGCCUGGAACAGAAGGAAUCAAGGGAUCAGCUGGUAGCGAUGGUCCUCCAGGUCCUCCAGGAAAUCCUGGGCCACAAGGACCCCAUGGUGAUCGUGGAUUGCCUGGACUUCCUGGACCAAGUGGUCAACCUGGAGUAAGGGGACUGCGGGGCGCUGCCGGUGAACCUGGACAGUCAGGUAAACCUGGAAAUGAUGGACCACCUGGACCUAUGGGAGUUGCUGGGCCACCGGGUUCUCAAGGACCAGCUGGUGAUCCAGGUAUUGAAGGUGUUCCUGGAAAGCAGGGACCCCCCGGAAUUGCUGGUCGAACUGGCGAUAAGGGCCCAGUUGGUUCACCGGGUAGUCAAGGUUUACCUGGAGCUCCUGGACUUCCUGGUCCCCCAGGACCACAAGGCCUCAUUGGUCAAACCGGAGAGAGAGGUCUACGAGGAGAAACCGGUCCACAAGGUAUUGAAGGCCCAAGAGGUCCUCACGGGAAACCUGGUCCACCAGGAUUAGAAGGUUCAAAGGGAGAUGCCGGUGAAGCUGGCGCCAAAGGAGUGAAAGGACAUCGUGGUUUGAUUGGUCUACAAGGUCUUCCUGGUCCUGCUGGACCUCAUGGAGACAAGGGUGAUACUGGAGCUGUAGGACAACCAGGUAAACCUGGUGAUGCUGGUCCACGAGGCCCACCUGGUAGGGACGGCUCUCCUGGCCCUCAAGGAAUUUUAGGUAUUGCAGGACCAAGAGGUUCACCUGGAAAUGAUGGAAAACCUGGACCUGUAGGUCCAUCUGGUCCUCCAGGACCUCCCGGGCCACCAGGAGAUGGUAUUGGUUAUGAUGCAGCAGCUCUGGCUGCCUUAUUAGGUCAUGGUCAAGUUAAUAACAUGAAAGGUCCUGACCCGAGUCAAGGUGAUGAACCAAUGAAAUUCAACAAAGUUUUCGAACUAACAGAUGAAGAAAGACGACAACUGGUUGAAACGGCUUACGAACGACUGAAAACCACGUUUAACACAUUUAAAAAGCCCGAUGGAAAGCAAUCAUCACCAGCAAAAACGUGUAGAGAUCUGUUUGCCGCUUACCCAGAGUACAAGUCUGGUCAUUACUGGAUCGAUCCAAAUGAAGGCGAUGUUCGAGAUGCAAUUCUAGUGUACUGUGAUUCUGAGAAGAAAUCUUCGUGUAUACUUCCGCAACCGCUACGCACGAAAGAACUACAUUACGUGGGUGAAGACCAAGAGGUAUGGUUAGGUGAAAUGGAAGCCGGAAUGAAGAUAACCUAUAAGGCUGACAGUAACCAAAUAGGAUUUUUGCAACUCCUGUCUGGUUCAGCAACGCAGAAUGUAACAUAUCAUUGCAAAAACAGCGUAGCAUUCUUCAACAAAGAGAAAAACAGCUACAGACAGAGCCUGAAGCUUCUAGCAUGGAACGAUGCAGAACUGACGGCAAGAGGACCUCAGAGAUUACGGUAUGAAGCGGUUGUGGACGAGUGUCAACAUCGGAUGCCCAGCUAUGCUCAAACUAUUUUAUCCUACAAAACGGAGAAACCGACGAGGCUGCCGAUAAUCGACAUUGCCGUAAGGGAUGUUGGUGAGUCGAAUCAACAGUUCUGGAUCGAAAUUGGAGCAGUAUGCUUCCAUUAAGACAACCACGAAUAGAUACGAAGUUAUAAAAUUAGAUUAGAAUCGAUACCAAAGAAAGCGAACGACAAUUUUCAAAUCAGAUACUGCCAACGCAGAACACGUGCCAAAGCUAUGAUGACGUACGACACCAAAGAAAGUGAUAUUUUCGAGAAAUCUUGUAACAAGAUUUUACAACUAAGUCUAGCGUAGGUUCCCCUUUGAAGUUAGUUACUAGGAAUGAGUAUGUGCAUUAAAGUAUAAGAAUUAGGAACAUA